AUGUUGAGUAUUGUUGUACAUUGUGCAGAUUCAACUACAGCGCUGUUCUGGACAAACUUGAGGAAGCUGCAUACCUUGCCGCAUGGACACCAUGUGCAUGUCAGCCAUGAGGCAAACACGGCCACCGGAACCAGCCAUGAGGCAAACAAUAACCAGAACCAUGAGGCAGUUGGUGAUGUUGAUUUGGAGAAUCGAAGCAGGAAACGAAAUAGGAAGGACUGGAAAGGCUUCACGGUCCCAAAACGGGACCAAGCCAAGUCUCACCAUCAUAGUUCUAAUUCUGAUAGCACGUCAUCCAGCAGAAGAAGUGACAGAAGUUCGUCAGAAUCGUCAGUUUCGGACGAUUGUGAAACCAAUAAUUGUACUAAUAGUACUGACAAUCACCUUUAUAAGCGGUUUAAGCCCACAGAUUAUAGGGCUGAAAAGGAACUUUCUAACGAACUGCUAGAUUAUGCACAUGAACAUUUCAACCACUACAUUAAAGAUGUCCAGAGCUGUCCAAACCCAAAAGGAUUUGUGCCACUGGAGCUUGACGAAGAAUGGUCAGAUAUGCUAGAAGAGAAAAGAUUUACUGCAGCUAAAUCUGUUGAAGCAUGGUUAAGUAAAAUCCAAUUAAGACUACUCAAUGUGAUGGGACCACUUGGUCAGGUGCGGCAGACUGUGGAUAAAAUCAGAGAUAAAGGUGGUGAGGAGAUUGAAGUGAACGACUUUCUAAAAUUAGUUGAAAAGACUGUUUGUUUGUUGUUGUAAAGGACUAGCCAACGUUGCCAGUACCUUAUAGUAGACUGAACAUUCUAACGAAGCUGAUGAAAUUGAAAAGUCAGAAGAAAGCUCAGAAAUUUCUCUCAAAGGAUGAGAAAAAGUUCAGUGACAGGAAGGCCUUAUUUGGCAAAGGUUUUUAAAAGAAAUUGUUAAAGCUGUCCAAGGACAGAAAGAAGAGAUUAGAUAUUGAGAGACAGUUUUCGGACUACAAAAACAAGAGCCACUAUGGCUUCAAGAGCUCUGCUAGAGGGUUUAACAGAGGAAACAGUCAGCCCUUUCACAGAGGGCCCUCAUCAAGUAACCAGGGUUACAGAGGUGGGGGUCGCUACAGUACCAACUCGUACCAGAAGAUGCAAUUCACCAAUUUGACUAGAAAGCGAGACGGUAGUGGCAGAGUGAGGGUUUUCCAGAGGAAGGUAUUUAUGUUUCAU